UUGGCCCUACUCGGGAAAGGAGGGAUUGACGUGCCAUUUGGAAAUAACGACUGGCUGGCCCUGACGGACGAAAGUACCAUUGAGCCUGCAAUCCCGAUUUGCGACCCGCAUCACCAUUUCUGGGACCAACGGCUACAGAGUAUUCCCUACCAGCGAUACCUGCUGCACGAACUGAUGGGUGACCUGUCCUCCGGGCACAAUGUCCGGUCAACAGUUUUUGUAGAAGCCCGGUCGAUGUAUCGUGCCUCUGGGCCGGAGGAGUUGCGGCCGGUUGGAGAGGUGGAGUUUGUACAAGGUUUAGCCGCGGCCAGCGCCAGUGGCAUCUACGGCGAGGUAAGAGCCGCGGCGGCCAUAGUAGGUCACGCCGACCUGAAGUUGGGCGAGGGCGUGGCGCCGGUGUUGGAGACCCUGCAGGCGGCCAGUCUCAACCGCUUCAAGGGCAUCCGCCACAACGUUACCUGGAGCCCGGACCCGUCCAUCGAAGAUCGGGAAACCCAGGGAAUCAUGGCCAACGACUCCUUCAGGGCCGGCGCCCGGGUUUUGGCUGGAAUGGGGCUGUCGCUGGACGUUAUGCUUUCCUUUCCGCAAUUGAACGAGUUGGCCGACUUGGCCAGGGCGCUGCCAGGCUUGCCCAUCGUCCUUAACCACAUGGGUGGGGUCAGCAGGACUGGAAUCUACGCGGGGCGGGACGACGAAGUUAUCCCUGCGUGGCGGGACGGUAUCCGCGCCGUGGCCCAAUGUCCCAAUGUUGUCUGCAAGCUUGGGGGAAUGGGAAUGCCCCGCUGGGGGUUCGGCUGGCACGCCCGGGAUAUUCCCAUAGGUUCUGAGGAGCUUUCCGACUCCAUGGCGCCGUGGAUGAACUACUGUAUCGAGCAAUUUGGGCCGGAACGUUGCAUGUUCGAGAGCAACUUCCCGCCGGACAAGGUCUCCUUUUCCUACAACGUGAUGUACAACGCAUUCAAGCUCCUCUCGCAGGGCUACAGUCCUGACGAGCGGGCCAACCUGUUCCAUGACUCAGCGGUUCGGGCGUACCGCAUUGCAACGUAA